AUGGCCAGAGUGCACUCCCCCGCGCACGGUGUGGGUAGAGCGCUUCGCCCUGGUGACGUCGGUGAGACUCGGCACCUGCACCUUCGACCCCUGACGUCUGGAGGGUCUGAGUCUGGGGGGCUGGUGCUGUCCAGUCGAGCGCGCUCCUUCACGGCUCUUGGUGCUUUGCUCGGUGCACGUGCCGCCCGAAGAGCGAAGACGGACACUUCUACACUGACCUUAGAGUCCUUGGAGCGGGCAGAUGGUGCCAGUGGACGCUUGGAAGGAGAGGUCUUCCUCAUCCAGACACCCUUGACUUUGCCAUCCCCUCUCCGUGCAUUGGCGCAGUUCCUGCCAAAGCACUCUGUGGUCCUGGCCGCGCUCCACGAGGGCGGCUUUGCCGCCUUCGACUUUGUGCCAGCGGCACCACAGGAUCCACAGGCGGCCGCACGGCUACUGCUGGGUGGCUCGGUGGAAGGGCUUUUCGGAGCACGGGAGUUGAAGCGGCUCCCCAAAGGUGCUGUGCGGCUGGGGAGGGUGAAAGAGGACUUGGCUGUGGAGGAUGUGACUGCUGCAGUGAAUGGCUCAUUUGACCCGCAACUCUCCUUGGUCGAGAAUGACUGCAAUACCUACUCCCAAAAAGUCCUGGAAGCCAUCCUCGCAGAUCCGGAAAAAAUGGUCCAACAGCGCUUGUUCUCCACACUUGACUGGGAGGGAAUCGACUCAAGCAACACGAUUCAAUAUAAAGAGCCAUCCGUUCUCAAUGCAAUUGUGCUGGUUGCAGGCACCACUGUCGGAGCUGGCAUCUUGGCGCUCCCAGCAGUCACCCAGCCAGCUGGAUUCGUUCCAUCCACCGUGGCGCUCACGGGGGCUUGGAUGUACAUGGCCAUCACCGGGCUUUUUGUGGCCGAAGUGGCUUGCAAAACGAUGGCCUCGACGGGUAAACCGGCGACCUCGCUGAAGUCCAUGGCGGCGGGUGCCAUUGGACCUGCGGGUGCUUGGUGGACGUCGGCCUUCUUCGUCUUCUUACACAUGGCGCUCCUGAUCGCCUACUGCUCCAGAGGCGGUGAGCUUCUGGUUUCGAUCCUCCCAGUUCUUGGCAUCGGGGUACCUCCUCCCGUCCUUUUCGCAGGGAUUUUUGGUGGAUUCAUUUUCUUCACCAAGGGCACGGACACAUUGGAUAAGGGCAAUAACGUGUUUGCAACAGUUGUGGUCGCAUCCUUCUUUGCCUUAGUGGCCUUGGCCGUUCCGGCCGGCAGCACGGAACGACUCUUUGCAGUGAGCGAUUGGUCCCAGGCGACUGAUACAGUUCCCACCUUGCUUUUGUCUUUGGUCUACCAUAAUGUGGUGCCGACAAUCUGUGCUCAGCUGGAAGGCGAUCGGGGCAAAAUCACCAAGGCCGUUGUGAUUGGCAGCCUCAUACCCUUCUUGAUGUUUGUCGUUUGGAACGCAGCGGUUCUGGCAGCCCUGCCAGCCACCUUCACUGCUGGGGCCGACCCCCUGGAAGUGCUUCGGAACACAGGUAAUCCCUUGGUGGCGGGUGGCAUUUUGGCCUUCUCUCUGAGUGCCAUCGUCACAUCCUUCCUGGGCUUCGUGGUGGCCUUGACGGACUUCUUUGCCGACCUCCUCGACGGCGGCGAAGCAGCGGGCAGUGCACCCGAGUCCCUGGGCGCCAAGGCCCGUGACUUUGCUCUGACACUGGGGCCGCCGGUGCUGGUGGCCUGCUGGGAUCCCAGCCUCUUCUUUCAGGCGAUCGAUAAGGCCGGUGCCUUUGGAGUUUCAACGCUCUUUGGAUUGCUUCCUGCUCUGAUGGUCCUCUCACAGCGCUCCACGGAGUCUCCGGUGCUCACACGAAAUCCUCAGUUCUUGGGCGGAUAUGUCCGUGGGCCCAUCGUUCGGGGCCCGCUGGUGCCGAUUCUCAUCGCGCUCGGGGCUUUGCUGGUUGUGGGCGACAAUGCCUUGGAGCUGCUUCAGGGAUGA